AUGCAAAGAAAUUUUUCUCUACCUUAAAUUGGUCUUCAAUUUAGUAAUAAAAAAGAUAACUAAUCCAAUUCUGCUAAUCCUUCCCCUUACUUUUCUCAUAGGAAGGUAUACAGUGGUAAUUAUUCACAAUCAUAAUUAGAUUCUACUAAUAGUGAAUCUAAAUAAUAAAAUUCAUACUACUCACCUUUUAAAUCUGUAAAGUUUUAGUCUAGCAGUGAAAGAUAUCUUCCUAAGAUUUAACAAAAGAGUAUAUAGGAAAUGUAACAAUAAAUAUAGCAAUAGGAUUUGAAGAUUUAGUAUUAAACGUAGAGGUUAGAUGAAAUUACUACAAUCCUUCUUGAAGAUAAUAACUUAAUUAUUUAACCAAAAUUUUUUGAAAAGAAAGGUAGUAUGUGUACUACAGAGCUAUGGUCAGGUAGUUAAAAGAAAGAGUUUCUUGUUUUUUCAUAGUAAGAUGUAACAACUAAUUCAAGUGGUAAAAAGAAAUUGAAGGUAAAAAGAAUAUCUUCUUAAAAUCGCAAAGGAAGUCUCCCAGAAGUUGAAAAGCUACUAGCAAAUAUAUACCGCCCAGAUAAGCUGUAAAAAUAAGCUGAGGUCAACAGAAUAUUAGAAGAUCUUAAAUAAGGUGUACAAAUUACUAAGCAAUCAAUUGAAGAUUAAAUUAAACACUAUGAAAAUAGAACACCUUUGGAUAUAAAAGUUAGAUUACUAUAGAAAAAAAAGACAAUGAUUUUUGAUGGGGAAGAAAAUUUAGAAGAUGAUAAUAACGCAAAUUAGAAAUAAAACUCAGACUCAGAAGAAGCAAGAAGCUCAAGUUUAAGAAAUAUUCCUUUAUCUGCAUAAUUUACUCAGGGUGAUUAAGGAUAUUAAUAUGAAAUCUAAGAAGUAGAAGAUGAACGUUUAGAAAGUAGCCCUAUGAAUGCCCAAGAUUUUGCUAAGAUAUUAAAUUAUACCAAUAAUAAGGAUUCUAUCAGAUAAAGUAAUGAAGACCUUGCAGAUGAUUAUAUUUUAGAAUAAAAAGAUAUAUCUCGAUACAGUGAUAAAAAAGAUUAAAAAUUAAAUUAAAUUAAUUUAUUUAAUACAAAAUCUAGCAGUGAUAUCAGCUAAGAUAGUUUAAAGGCUAAUGUUAGCCAUUAAGGCAUCUUAAAAAAGAGAAAUGUUUCUAUGCCAAAAUCAUUAAAUUAAGAAAGUAUCAAUAGAUCGAGAAAUAUUAAUUCGGUUAAUAAGAAAACAGAGUUAAUAUAAUUGAAUUUAUCAAAAAAGAAUUCUGAUAGAGACAUAUAAUCUCUUAAUAAUAUCCCUAAUAUUAAUAACUAAAAUUCUGAUAGCGAUGACGACAAUGAAUCACUCUCUGACAGAAACAUGGAAAAUACAACAACUCUCUAAGAUCAAAUAAAUUAUGAGUAAAUCUUAAAAAAUACUAAAAAUCCAGAACUAAAUGGGUAUGUUAACUGUAUUAGAAACGUAAUUGAAGAAUGCAAUCAAUCUUUGGAAUCUAACACAAUCCUAACAAAAUAAAUAAAGAAACACACUUAUAAACUUAAUAAUAGACAUAAAAACUUUAAAUCUGUGUCUAAUUUAGAAAAAAGAAUAGAAAGUUCUACCAUAUUUUGA